GCCGCGAGGGGACGGACGGCAGCGAGGUCGCUCCCAGAGGACACCGGAGCCGCUGCCGGAGCCAUGAAGUGCCCGGGGAGCCCGCGGGUGCUGCUCGUGCCGGCUGCCCUCUCGCUGGCGCUGCUGGGGCUGCGGCUGCAGCGGGACGCCCAGGAGCCCUUCGCCACCGCGCCGGAGCCGGAGACGGAGCCGGGGCCCUUCGCCUGGCAGGAGGCGCCACCGGCUGCCAGCACGGCCCGGCCGGUGGCCCCCCGGCACCCGCUGCAGCCCCCCUACCCCUACCCCUACCGCUUCCUGCUCAACGAGCCCCACAAGUGCCGGGAGCAGGCGCCCUUCCUGGUGCUGCUGGUGGUCUCGGAGCCGCAGGACACGGCCGGGCGGCACGCGGUGCGGCGCACCUGGGGCAACGAGAGCGCGGCCGGCGGCGUGCCCGCGCUGCGGCUCUUCCUCACCGGCGUGCACCCGGUGUUUGGGGGGCCGCUGCAGCGGCUGCUGGAGGAGGAGAGCGCCCUGCACCACGACGUCCUGCAGCAGGACUUCCUGGACACCUACAACAACCUGACGCUGAAGACGCUCAUGGGGCUGGAGUGGGUGAGCAAGCACUGCCCCGGCGCCCGCUACGUGCUGAAGGCCGACACCGACAUCUUCCUCAACCCGGCCUUCCUGGUGCGGGAGCUGCUGCAGCCGCAGCUGCCCCCCAAGCGGGACUUCAUGACGGGCCACAUCUACCGCAACACGGGGCCGCUGCGCAGCCGGGCCUUCAAGUGGUACGUGCCGCCGGAGGUGUACCCCAACAAGACGUACCCGCCGUACUGCGGCGGGCCCGCCUACGUGCUCUCGGGCGACCUGGCCCGCAAGGUCUACGCCGUGGCCCAGACGCUGCCCCUCAUCAACAUGGAGGACUCGUUCAUGGGGCUCUGCCUGCACGCGCUGGGCGUCGGCGUCACCAGCAGCCCCUGGGGCCUCUUCAACAUGAACAGGCUCGACUACGACAAGUGCCGCUUCUCCCGGCUCGUCAUGGUGCACCACUACAGCCCCGCCGAGCUGCUGCGCCUCUGGCCCCACUUCCAGGGGCCGGAGGGGGGCUGCGCGCCGCCCUAG